AUGGCACCGAUCAGCUCGCAAUCGCUGCUGCUAGUUGCUGUUUUCCUAGUCUCACCAACCUACUCCAACGAUACAAAUCUACCGAGGCGAUGGCAAUCGUCCGAAGCAGACUCAACGACGACCUUCCCGGUCCGUUUUGAUGCCCGUGACCAGUGGCCUACGUGCGACACAAUCGGGAAGGUUCAGGAUCAAGGAUGCUGUUUCGCCAGCUACACGAUCGCGCCCACUUCGGUGAUAACCGAUCGAUCGUGCAUCAAAUCAAACGAGACGACCACGACGUCGAUCUACAGUGCCUUUCAUCCGUUGGUUUGCUGCACGGAUUGUUCACAUUCUACGCAGCAUCCUUGCCUGGGUGGAAAUCCUCAGAAGGUUUGGGACUACUGGACUACGCAUGGGGUCGCUUCGGAAGGUUGUCUACCGUAUCCGAUGAAAACGCUGUGCGAUGGUGAACUGGUGUGUUCAGCGACCUGUCGAUCGGGAUUGGAUGAAUCAGUGAGCUUGGAAUUGACGAAGGGUUCCCGUAGUUACCGAGUACCGUCGGGUAUUUCCGAUAUUCAGAUGGAAAUGCUGGAGUAUGGACCGGUACAAACGACGAUUCAACUGUACGAGGACUUCAUGACCUACCGGGGAGGCGUCUACCAGCAUGAGUGGGGAAAGUUGAUUGGUGAGCAGCACGUUAAGCUGAUUGGGUGGGGUUUCGAUUCCAGUGGCGAUUUCUGGACCGGAGUAAACAGCUUCGGUACGGGCUGGGGAGAGAAUGGACUAUUCCGGAUCAUCCGAGGAUACGAUCACCUGGGAGUUGAAUCGAAUGUAAUUGCAGGACUGCCAUAACGCAUGUACACAUUCUAAACAGACAAUAAAUUCAUUAAAUCACCCGAUUAUGCAACCUCAU